AUGCCUUCGUCUGCAGAGAUCAGCAGCCUUCAGCAGCUUCUGCUCAGUAAGAACUCUGAGAUCGAGAGCUUGCACACUCAGCUGCUGGCCAGACCCUUUCUAUCCCCUGAGAGCCCGGAGAGAGAUCAGGAGCUGCAGAAGCUAAGGAGUGGAAUGAAAUCACUGGUGACUGCCAAUGAUGAAAAGGAACGACGCAUUGAAGAGCUCACUCUGCUCCUGAAUCAGUGCAGGCAAUUCAGAGAGGUCCCUCACACCACACGGCAAGCUCCACCUGCUGUUCGGUCGUUGUCAAAUGGCAGGACUCCGUCAAGCAGCAGUGAGGAAGAGGAGCAUGUACUGAUGAAGAAUACUACAGACUCUGCCAGUGUAAAAUCUGUGGAUGUAAAGUCUGAGGUUUCCACAAGCAGUUCUUCCUCUCGACAAACAUCUGUAUCAUCCGCCCAGAAGGACAGUGAUUCCAGAACAGACCCGUCAACCUUAUCAAGUAGCAUGAAUGACCUAAAAAAUGGACCUUUACAAAAGAAUGGUCUGGAUGAAACCAGAAGUCAGACGCUGCCUGUGAAUUCCUCUCUGUCAGAGCAGAACGGGAGCGGAGACAGCAGCAGUGAAAUCCAAAGUCAAAGGUCUCCAGAUGGGAGCGAAGAUGGAGACUCCAGCCAAAGAAAGUUGGAGAAAGUUGAUGACAGCAGUUCGAGCGAUAAUUCUCCUGUUCAUUCUGCAGAGAACACACAACCCGGCCUAAGAGCUGUGGGCUCACCAGAAUACAUGAAGAAUAACAGGAGCUUAAAGAGGCUCUGGGGAAAACUUCGGAGAACCCAGUCAGGAGGCCUGCAGGCAGCCGAUUCAGACGGCGGUCAGUUUAGAAGAGGGGGUCUGCGUGCCACAGCAGGACCCAGACUGACCAGGACCCCCGAGUCUUAUGACCCAGCACGUGAUCUGAAUAUUCCAUUCAGCCAGUGGACCAAGGAACAGGUGUGCGGCUGGCUGGAGGACUAUGGACUGGGCCAGUAUGUUAAUCUCACCCGGCAGUGGGUCGAACAUGGACAGACACUGCUGUCUGCCACACCGCAGGACUUUGAGAAGGAGAUGGGUAUGAAGAAUCCGCUGCACAGGAAGAAGUUACAUCUCGCUCUCAAGGCCUUCACCACAAAGGUUAUAGAGAAAUCUUCAGAGCUGGACUACAUCUGGGUCACACGCUGGUUGGAUGAUAUAGGUUUGCCUCAGUAUAAAGACCACUUCCAUGAAGCCCGGGUGGAUGGUCGAAUGAUACAAUACCUCACAGUGAACGACCUCUUGACUCUGAAGGUCACCAGCCAGCUUCAUCAUCUCAGUAUUAAAUGUGCCAUCCAUGUACUUCAUGUCAACAAGUUCAACCCCCACUGUCUUCGACGUAGGCCAGGGGAAGAGAAAAAUCCCUCUCCCUCAGAGGUGGUGCAGUGGUCAAACCACCGUGUGAUGGAGUGGCUGAGAGCAGUAGAUCUAGCCGAGUAUGCCCCUAAUCUACGAGGCAGCGGCGUACAUGGAGGGCUUAUUAUACUCGAGCCUCGCUUCAGCUCAGAGACUUUGGCACUGCUGUUGAAUAUUCCUCCACAGAAGACUUUGCUCCGUCGCCACCUCGCCACUGCCUUCGCUGCCCUGGUGGGGCAUCAGGCCACGCAGGAGAAACGAGAGUAUGGCAAUGCCACAGGCCAUGUACCCCUCACUACCACUGCUAAAGUAAAGCCCAAGAAGCUGGGAUUCACCCAAUUCAGUCACCUCAGGAAAAGGAAACCUGAUGAAUCUGCGGACUAUAUCUGCCCAAUAGACAGUGGGGCUCGGACAGUCAACGGGGUUUCUCGCCUGCCCUCUUCAGCACUCAGGGGCCUCAGCCCCACCUUGGACAGACAGGCUGAGAGGCAGGAGCGGCUGGGGAUAAAAGCUCAAGCUAAUGGCCUUAAAGAAUAAUUUAAAAUACAGCACACUCCCCUCUCACUCACUAAGUGACUUUGAAAAUCAGUGGAAAUCUGAUGCAGAAAUGUACCUGAGAUGAAUCCAUGUGAUGACUUGCUGGAUUGGCUGCAAAAAGCAGUGUUGUUUAAAUUGUGCAAAUAGUUUUAUGAAAGCUGCUCUCUGCAUUCCUUAUACAGUUGGAUUCCAAAGCUUUUACUUUGAUUUAAAAUAAUGCUUUUUCCUGUCCAUUUUGUAUGUUAUUUUCUGCAGAUUUACAUGUAUAACCUUUUCUUGUGAUAGACUGCACAAGGUAUUUGCUGACCCCAGUUACUUUAAGAAUGUCUCUUGUUCAUAUUCUGUAAGACUGACACAAUGUUUUUCUGACGCAUUACUCUUGUGCACCUUUAAAUGUGUUUUCUUUGUAAAGGAUUCUCAUAUGCAACAUUAUUUCAUACAAUCAUAUGCUGUAGUGUAGUAUAAUAAACAUGAGGUUGACAGUU